AUGAUAAAGUUCAUUCUGAUGGUCAACAAGCAGGGCCAGACGCGCCUGUCGCAGUACUACGACUUCAUGCCGAUUCCCGAGAGAGUGACGCUGGAGAGCGAGCUCAUUCGGAAGUGCCUCAGCCGCACGGAGCUGCAGUGUUCCUUCGUCCAGUAUCGGCAAUACAGCGUCAUCUACCGAAGGUACGCGAGUCUGUACUUCAUUGUCGGCGUGAAGGACGAGGAGGUCAACGAGCUCGCGGUGCUGGAGUUCGUGCACUGCCUCGUGGAGACCCUCGACAAGUUCUUCGAGAACGUCUGCGAGCUGGACAUCAUGUUUCACCUCGAAAAGGCUCACUUCAUUCUGGACGAGAUGGUGAUGGACGGCUGCAUCGUGGAGACGAACAAGGCGAACGUUUUGGCUCCGAUCCACAUGAUGGAUAUCGCCUCCAACUCGUGA